UGGCUGAAGAUAUGCUUCACUCCAAUAAAAAGAAAAUGAACAUUUUUCAAGAGCAUGCAUAGGCUUCGAGCUGAGAGGACAGCAUUUAGUUCCUGAGGUCUGAUAAUCAUUCUGUGCGGAAGUAACUACCAGGACCACGGCACCAUGGAUGUGGUAGGCGAAAACGAGGCCCUACAGCAGUUCUUCGAAGCUCAAGGGGCCAGUGGCACUCUGGGGAACCCGACCCUGGAUACAAGUCUGCUGGAGGAGUUCUUGGGCAAUGAUUUUGAUUUGGCGGCCUUGCAACGCCAGCUCCCAGAUACCCCACCCUAUUCUGCGUCAGACUCCUGCUCUCCUCCACAGGUCACAGGUGCGUGCUGCCCGACUCUGACACCUGCCGCCGGGGGGACGCCAGCUGCUUUCCUCCACUCGGCAGCUGCUCCUGGGAUACUGCCUGCACACCUGCCGCAGGGCUCGUCUGAAAUGAGCGACUCUGCGCAUUCCCACAGUGCCUCUCACAACUGCUACCCAGAUGCCCGUCAUCUCAGGACCCCUCUGGACCAGUCUGUGUCCUCCCAUCUGGGAACUGGUUGUUCUUACCAUCCGCAGCCUCUGUGCCACAGUCCUGGACCCUCAUUGCCACCGACCAAGAAGAGAAAGUGCACACAGGCGCUGGAAGACUCCGGGGACUGUCACGUGUGGGACCACCACUCCAGACCAAUGACAAGCAGGAGUCACAGCAGCGAAGUGCAGGACCACGACAGUGAGAGACAGAACAUGAUGCUUGUGGACCAGUGCUCUCCUGCUUUGAAGUGGCAGCCAUACCGAAGCGUUCCUUGGCAUAGUUUAUUAAACAGUCAAUAUGAAAAACUACCUGAUAUAGGCUAUCGAGUUGUUACAGACAAAGGAUUUAAUUUUUCACCAGCAGAUGAAGCUUUUGUUUGCCAAAAGAAGAACCAUUUUCAGAUCACCAUCCACAUCCAAGUUUGGGGAAGCCCAAAAUUUGUCAAAACCCAAAUGGGUCCAAAGCCAAUAGAAAUGUUUUACUUGAAAGCUUUUGGAAUUAAGAAUACAAGCUCUGCAAGGGCUGGGCUUUCUGUUAGUCUCGUCUUCUCAUCUCUGAUGCCUAGAGCAAUGCCUGGCGCACAGCAGGUAGAGGCCACCAAUCAAAUAAUUGCUAUUGAACAGUCCCAAGCAGAUAGAAGCAAAAAGAUUUUCAAUCCUGUUAAAAUCAACCUGUUGGCCGACCAGGUAACCAAAGUAACGCUGGGCCGGUUACACUUCAGCGAAACCACGGCAAAUAACAUGAGAAAGAAGGGAAAGCCAAACCCUGACCAGAGAUACUUCAUGUUGGUGGUCGGACUGUAUGCUGCUAACCAAGACCAGUUCUACCUGUUGUCUGCUCACGUCUCUGAACGGAUCAUUGUAAGGGCCUCCAACCCUGGGCAAUUUGAAAAUGACAUUGAUGCAUUAUGGCAGCGAGGACAAGUUCCAGAAUCUGUUGUUUGUCAUGGUCGAGUGGGCAUAAACACAGAUGCACCGGACGAAGCCCUGGUUGUCUGUGGCAACAUGAAAGUGAUGGGGACAAUUAUGCAUCCCUCUGACAGCCGGGCGAAGCAGAAUAUCCAGGAGGUUGACACAAAUGAGCAGCUGAGAAGAAUAGCCCAAAUGAGGAUUGUCGAAUACGACUACAAGCCUGAAUUCGCAUCUGCGAUGGGAAUAAACACUGCCCAUCAAACAGGGAUGAUUGCCCAGGAGGUGCAAGAGAUCCUGCCCAGAGCCGUGAGGGAGGUUGGCCAUGUCACUUGUGAAAAUGGAGAGAUGCUGGAGAACUUCCUCAUGGUGGAUAAGGACCAGAUCUUCAUGGAAAAUGUGGGUGCAGUGAAGCAGCUUUGCAAACUAACCAACAACCUUGAAGAAAGAAUAGAAGAGUUAGAAAUAUGGAACAGAAACCUGGCCAGGCUAAAGCGGCUCAGUAGUUGGAAGUCCUCCGCCAGUGAAGUGAGCUCAAUCAGCAAAUUUAGCAGAGCUCUUAGUGCAUCUUCUCCAAAAAGGACCAUUCCCAAAAAAACCGGCAAGGUUUCUUUUUCAGGAAAAAAACAGUCGUGUCCUAACUGGGUUUUCCAGACCUUGGUUAUAACUCUCAUUGCUGUGAUGGCAUUUUGUGGCUUGACAAUAGUCUCCCUUUACAUACUUAGCUUAAAAGAUCAGGACCGAUGUACCCCAAGUCUCCCUUCGAGCAACCUCACCAGCUCCCAGGAUCCGGCUCUGCCACCCACAGCUUCCCCCUUGGCACCUAAUACAUCUCUGGCAACCACACAACCCCCCUUCCAAGUACCAGAGAUCACUUUCUGUGAGAUCCUGCCAUGUCAGGAGACUUAUUGCUGUCCCAUCUGGGGAACAAGAAGAGUCCUCUCAAGCCCUGUGCAAAGACAGCCCAAGGAGAAGGAGCCCCAUCAGAGGCCAUGGGCAGGAGACAGGAGCACAUCAUUCUUGGCAGGACAGGCGCUAACCAACCUUGACUGGGGGAGCGACUGGAUUGAUACAACCAUCAGUUCUAUUCAGAUUAUGGAAAUCCAGCAAAUAAUAGAUCGUCAAUAUUGCAGUAGAAGCCUCCAGUGCGGGUCUGGAAAUUACAAUUACCAUAUUCCUGUUAAUAAGUACACACCCACCAAUGUCAAAUUCUCUCUGGAAAUCAACACAACAGAGCCAUUGAUAGUCUUCCAGUGCAAGUUCACCCUUGGAAAUAUGUGUUUCCGUAGUAAAAGGGAAGCCAAAGGCAUGCAAAGCCACCAAGAAGUCUCCCAGGAGAUGACACAGGGAUAUCAGCACAUUUGGAGGCUCCCUGCAGCCCCAUUCUUUGACAGCGCAUACCAUUUCCGGGUAGCUGCACCGGAUUUAGCUGACUGUUCAACAGAUCCUUAUUUUGCUGGGAUAUUCUUUACAGACUACUUCUUUUACUUCUAUCGACACUGUGUCUAAUUUAUUCAAGUUUGUUUGGGGACUUUACCAAAGAAAAAUACUCAAAUACAGUUAACGGAAACUUGUAACCUCUUGCAACUUCUUUCUUCUCUUUGUAAAACAUUCACAUUUAUUGCCAAAGGGCUUUUUCCAGGCUUUGGCUUCCAACAGUUUUGAGACACUAAUGAGGAGAAUAAAGUGUUUGC